AUGUCAGAAUCAAGGACUCUUCUAUCGGCUCUAUUGGUGUGCGUCGUCUUCGCCAAAUUGCUUAUAUGCAGCGCCGUGUUGAAUUCUCCCGGAGGACAACUGCCCAAUCAACCCACGUCCAAUCAACAGCGACGGACGGUGCUUCUGGGUGCUUUGUUUGGUGAAUAUAACCGCGACUACGUCCAAGCGUUGAAUGAUUCCGUGCGAGAGAUUAACAGGGAUGCCCUACAGUACCCAAACAUCUCCCUGUCGGAGGUUAUCGCCUAUAGCGGUGAUAACCCAGAAAAUGCCACACUUGAACUUUGUGAGGAGGUGGUUAGCCGCGGUGUUUCUGCCAUUCUUACGGUAUCUGACCAGAUUACAACUUUCACGUUGUCUUUAGUUGGGGCAUUUGUUGGGAUACCCGUACUCGGUUUUGGUAGUGGAUAUGCGGUUCUGUCGGACAAGGAACUUCAUCCUACGUUCCUUCGUAUGGAACCCCCACUAGCUAUGCAGAGCCACCCCGUAGUCGACAUACUGAAAAGGAAUAACUGGUACAAGUUUUCAAUAAUUUACGAUGACGACCCGGAUGGGCUCUCUUUCAUUCGAGAACUUUGGAGGCUUACGGACGACGAGGAGUGGGAAAUCGAAGCUUUCAUUAAAAUACCAAUGGAGUACGCUGGUAAUAUUUCAUCUAGACUAACAAUGCUGACGCAACUGAACUCCAAAGUUAUAGUACUUCAAGUAUCGCCACAGGAAGCAGCCAGAAUUUUCCGUAUCGCGGAGAAUGUCGGGAUGCUCAGCGCCGGUUAUGCGUGGAUUUUGACGGGGAUGUUGACCAUGACCGACCCUACAUAUUUUCCAGUUGGAUUAAUAGCAGUUAACAAUUCGGCGAGUACAAGUACAGCAGUUAGUAUCAAAAACUCAGUGCGCCUCGUUGCAAAAGCUAUGCAGAAAAUGGUCAGUGAGUCUACUGUCGCCAUUCCAUCGCCCCCGGAUACAUGCUGGAGACAAGAUAAAGAUAAAUGGCUUCACGGUCACAAGUUCUUUAGAUAUUUAAAAGAAGCCGUGCUCAAAAGACCGGAGGGUAUGGUUUCCUUUAACAGCAGGGGAGACAUUAACGAAGCACAGUAUGAUAUACUCAAUUUGCGUAUGGGUGAAGACUUGACUAAAACAUGGGUCAAUGUGGGGUCGUGGACUAUGGAUGAUCUCAAUAUCAACUCCAUAUUAUGGCCUGGGCAAACGGAGAUCAUGCCAAACCUGGCGUCAGAGAGACGAAAACUCCGUGUUGUGACAAUCUUGGAGGAGCCGUUCUUGUUCAUUAGCGAGUUAGAGGGUGACAGUAGGGAAUGCUAUAGUGGCGGGCUGUGCCUGGGGUUGUCAUUACACCCAAGUGGCGCUCGGACAACUCGUAAAGACGUCAUUGACGCAUUUGAGCACUGGAGAAGCCAUGGGACAUUCUCCAACAAUAUGACAGAUGAUAUGCCACGUUACGCCGAGUAUUGCUGUACUGGGAUGGCCUACGAUGUUCUGGAGAUGCUGAGUCGUGAUAUGAACUUCGAUUACGAUUUGUAUAUCGUUGCCGACGGUAAUUUUGGGUCGAUUGAUAAAGGCGAAUGGAAUGGAAUGGUAGGAGAUUUAAUAAACGGUGCGGCCGAAAUGGCUGUCGGGUCCUUCAGCAUAAACUCAGCAAGAAGUCAAGUCAUCGAUUUCUCAGCGCCGUUUUAUUACACCAGUUUGGGCAUAGUUACAGCUCGCCGUAAAGGAACGGCCGCGAUCGGCUCGUUUAUGGAGCCUUUGGAGUGGACUAUGUGGCUUGGUAUUUUCAUAACUUUACACGCAACUGCUUUUUUCACAACUAUCUUUGAGUGGCAUAGUCCUUAUGGCCUGACACCUCGAGGACGCAAUCGACCUAGAGUAUUUAGUUUUCCGUCCGCGUUGACGUUGUGCUGGUCAAUUCUCUUCUCACAUACUGUACCGACUAAGUCGCCAAAGUGCUGGGCUAGUCGGUUUCUCAUAAACCUGUGGGCAAUAUUUUCAUUGGUUUUCAUCGCUAGUUAUACAGCCAAUUUAGCUGCCUUCAUGGUGGGAGAAAAACAACCUAAUGAAAUAUCAGGUAUUAACGACCCAAAGUUACAACAGCAAUCCAAGGGCUUCCGUGCUGCUACAAUAGCUAGCAGCAGUCCUGAGUCAUUUCUCACUCGCAGUUAUCCAGCUUUAGCAAGCAAGAUAGCCAAGUAUGCAGUGGCCAAUACAUCACAUGGUGUCGACAAACUUAGAAAUCGUCAGCUCGAAGCGUUUAUAUGGGACUCCGCUAUAUUAGAAUACACGAUAUCUUCCGACCCAAAAUGUGAGCUGCAAUUAGUUGGUAAACCAUUCGCCAGUGAAGGUUACGGGAUUGGAUUACCUAAAAACUCACCACUCACGAGUGAGGUAUCGUUGCACAUAUAUAAAUAUUCAAGUGCCGGUUACCUGGAACAGUUGCAAAGACAAUGGUAUAACCGGGUCGGAUGUUCUAAAAAACAAGGAUUAGUCGGGGAAAGCACACUGGAUCUCAGUCAUUUUAUAGGCGUAUUUAUUCUACUCUGUACGGGUGUAGUGAUAGCUUCUUUAACUCUGAUCUUGGAGUGGUUUGUAGAAAGAAUUUUACUUCCUAAGUGGCGAAAGGACGCAAAGAAGUUAAAUUGGCUGCCCUUCACUCAGAGAUUACACCGCGCAGUACAUACACCAAGUGUCUUACAUAAUAAUACGUACACCGCUAGAGGGCAGCAGAUACCACUGAGGAACAUUGGAUCAAGGUUAUGCGAGCACAGGAACAGAAGAGAUAGUGGGGAGGUCUCCUACGAUAUAUCAAAAUAUCUAACAAUGCGGUAUGAGACAGCGCCUCUGUUAAAUAACAAGUCUUUUCCUGUAGUAAAACGGAAAGCGAAAUUACCACUUAAACAAGUUAAUAUAGCUGUACAGACAGACAUAGAUGAAAAAGUGAACAGUCAACUGAUGGAAGUGGACGCUAACAUAUCCAAGAGAAUUCAGCAGUUUGAGAACGACUUGAGACACAUGCGAGAGGCGUUGGCCAGGGCGCUAAAAGAAAAAGAACAUUUGUUAAGAAGGUUGUCUAAGUUCGAAAAUAUAAAUAAAAAUGGGAAUUCAAAUUCCGCAGACAAUUCGUUGCAUGGCAUGGCGCUGCAAUGGAACGCACGAGAUUCAAAACACGACGACGUCAAAUUGGACUGCACUUCAAAAGCUGACAACCCGCUGUUGGAUUUUACUUCAUUCAGCAGUAUUCCCAAAGUGCGGUAUAAGAACGUAUUGAAUGAAGGCAACGACAAUGACCUCGUACAACCCGUUAAUUUUAAACCGAACUCGAAAGUAUUUAAACCCAGGCCGAGUUUGAAAGACACACUAUACCCACCACCGGAUUCCCCACGAUGA